GCCCCGCGUUGGGCUCAGCUGCCGGGCCCCCCGUGGCGAUGGAGGGCGGGCGGGCGCGGGUCCGCAGCGCCCUGCUGAGCCGGCUGCAGCGCUCGGAGCAGCUGCGGUCCCAGCAGGGGCUGGUGAUGCGGCAGCUGAAGGAGAAGGUUCUGAAGUACAGGGCUCGGAGCCAGGAGCUGGAGCAGCAGCUGGAAGCAGCAGGGGUUUCCAGCCAGGAGGAGUCAGCUCGCCAUGGCCUGGAGCAGCUGCACCAUCAGUCCUCUCACCCAGAACAUGCUGUGGCCCAGGAGUCUGAAGAGAAGGACCUGCUGGUGCAUGAGAAGGCCAUCCUAGAGAAGCGACUGGCAGCCAUGGAGCAGGAUGGACAAAGCCUCUCAGAGCAGCUGGCAGAAGCCAGGUCGGCAAAGCAGGCCCUGGAAUCCAGCCUGUUGGAGACUCAACACCGCCUGUCCCAGCUGGAGAUGGUAAAGAGUGACCUGGAAAUCCAGCUCCAUGCAGUGACACAAGCCAAGGAGGUGAUGGAAGAGCUUCUGAGGAGUGAGGGAGCUGGAGACAGAUCCUUCCUACACUGAAAUCUGAAUGGCUUGAGGUCA